CCUGGCCUGCGCGCGCCCGGCGCCUGCGGGAGACGGAAGUGGGGGCAGGCAGCGCCCACCACAGGCCGCCCAGCGAGGCCGGCAGGAGAAGCAAGCCCCCGGGACCCAGGGCCCCCACCCUAGUAGGAUGGGUGAAGAGGGGCCUCCCAGCCUGGAGUACAUCCAAGCCAAGGACCUGUUCCCCCCCAAGGAGCUGGUGAAGGAGGAGGAGAGUCUGCAGGUACCGUUUGCGGUGCUGCAGGGCGAGGGGGUGGAGUUCCUGGGCCGGGCGGCCGAUGCCCUCAUCGCCAUCUCCAACUACCGCCUGCACGUCAAGUUCAAGGACUCGGUUAUUAACGUUCCUCUGCGGAUGAUUGACAGCGUGGAGAGCCGGGACAUGUUCCAGUUGCACAUCUCCUGCAAGGACUCCAAGGUGGUGAGGUGCCACUUCUCCACUUUCAAGCAGUGCCAGGAGUGGCUGUCAAGGCUGAGCCGGGCCACGGCCCAGCCCGCCAAGCCCGAGGACCUGUUUGCUUUUGCUUACCAUGCGUGGUGCCUGGGCCUCACCGAAGAGGACCAACAUACUCAUCUGUGCCAGCCAGGGGAGCCCGUGCGGUGCCGGCAGGAGACGGAGCUGGCGCGCAUGGGCUUUGAUCUUCACAACGUCUGGAGGGUCUCCCACAUCAACAGCAACUACAAGCUCUGCCCCAGUUACCCCCAGAAGCUCCUGGUCCCCGUGUGGAUCACCGACAAGGAGCUGGAGAACGUGGCCUCCUUCCGCUCCUGGAAGAGGAUUCCCGUGGUUGUGUACAGACAUCUCCGGAACGGGGCCGCCAUCGCCCGCUGCAGCCAGCCCGAGAUCAGCUGGUGGGGCUGGCGUAAUGCCGACGACGAGUACCUGGUCACGUCCAUCGCCAAAGCCUGCGCCCUGGACCCCGGGGGCAAGGCGGCCGGCGGCGCCGCCUGCAGCGGGAACGGCCAGGGGAGCGAAGCCGGUGACACCGACUUCGACUCCUCCCUGACGGCCUGCUCGGGGGUGGAGAGCAGCAGUGGGCCCCAGAAGCUCCUGAUCCUGGACGCCCGCUCCUACACCGCCGCCGUGGCCAACCGGGCCAAAGGUGGAGGCUGCGAGUGCGAAGAGUACUAUCCCAACUGCGAGGUGGUGUUCAUGGGCAUGGCCAACAUCCACUCCAUCCGCAACAGUUUCCAGUACCUGCGGGCCGUCUGCAGCCAGAUGCCGGAUCCCAGCAACUGGCUGUCGGCCCUGGAGAGCACCAAGUGGCUGCAGCACCUGUCAGUCAUGCUGAAGGCGGCCGUGUUGGUGUCCAACGCGGUGGACGGGGAGGGCCGCCCGGUGCUGGUGCACUGCUCGGACGGCUGGGACCGCACCCCCCAGAUAGUGGCACUGGCCAAGAUCCUGCUGGACCCCUACUACAGGACCCUGGAGGGCUUUCAGGUGCUGGUGGAGUCCGACUGGCUGGAUUUUGGCCACAAGUUCGGGGACCGCUGCGGCCACCAGGAGAACGCGGAGGACCAGAACGAGCAGUGCCCGGUGUUCCUGCAGUGGCUGGACUCGGUGCAUCAGUUGCUGAAGCAGUUCCCCUGCCUCUUUGAGUUCAACGAAGCAUUCCUGGUGAAGCUGGUGCAGCACACAUACUCCUGCUUGUACGGCACCUUCCUUGCCAACAACCCGUGCGAGCGAGAGCUGCGCAACAUCUACAAGCGGACCUGCUCCGUGUGGGCCCUCCUCCGGGCCGGCAACAAGAACUUCCACAACUUCCUCUACGUGCCCGGCUCCGAGCUGGUCCUGCACCCCGUGUGUCACGUGCGGGCCCUCCACCUCUGGACGGCGGUGUACCUCCCGGCAUCGUCCCCGUGCACCCUCAGGGAGGAGAGCGUGGACAUCUACCUGGCCCCGGCCGCUCAGAGCCAGGAGUUCAGCGGCCGGUCUCUAGACAGAUUGCCCAAAACGAGAUCCGUGGAUGACCUCCUCUCGGCCUGUGACACCAGUAGCCCGCUAACCCGCACCUCCAGCGACCCAAACCUGAAUAACCAUUGUCAGGAGGCCAGAGUGGACCUGGAGCCCUGGUCCGGCCAGCCAGAAGGAGCGGACCCCCCCGCGGGGGAUCACGGCCCCGUCGGCCCGCCGCGGCCCACACCAGAGCUGGGCCACCUUCCUCCGCCGCCCGCCAGUCGGAAGGACUUCCGGACCGAUAAAACCUUGACGAGACACAAGAGCUGUCCCCCGAGCUGCAAAGUGCCGAGCCCCGUGGCUCUCUGGCCCCCGGAGAGCGGCAGCCUGGAUCCCCAGCUCAAAGGCGGAGAAGAGAUCCCGGAGCCUGCUCCAGAGCUUCCCGCCCGGGACACGUCACUGAGGACUCGGGACGGUCCUGGGGAGCCGCCCGAAGAGCCUUCCGGGAAAGAAGCCGCCGGACCCCCGGCUGACGCGGCUUCCUCGGGCCAGGACGGGACCGGGAAUCUCCCUGAGGCGCCUUGUCAGGAGUUGGCCCCGGAUGCCUCUGGGAAAGCGUCGCAAGCCCCGGUGCCGGGUCAGAAGGCUCCGGAUCCCGGGUCGGAUGGCCGUCGGGCCGCUCGGAGGGCCGGCUGCCCGGCUCUGGAAGACCCCUUGGCGGCUCCUCCCCUACGCCGAGACCCCUCGGGCCCUGCCGGGUCGGGCGCCUCCUGCCAGGGCCCUCCGAAUCCCGGGCCGGACCCCGGGCCCCGGGAGGAAGACGGUGGGAGACGAGAAAAUGGCAGGAACGGGCCAUCGGCGGAAAGUUCUCGCUUUGGGAAAGCGCCGCCGGAACUGGGCCGGAAGCCGGUUUCCCAGAGCCAGAUGAGCGAGUUUUCUUUCCUGGGCUCCAACUGGGAGAGUUUCCAGGGGAUGGUGGCUUCCCUCCCAAGCGGGGAGCCGGCACCCCGCCGCCUGCUUUCUUACGGCUGCUGCGGCAAGAGGUCCGGCGGCAAGCCGACGCGACCGACGGGGCUCUGCCCCGCUGGCCAGUGGGCCCAGAGAGAAGGAGUCAGGUCUCCCAUCUGCUCCAGUCAGUCCGGCGGACACUGUGCCGGCCCGGCGGGAAAAAGCAACAGGACGUGGCCGCUGGGUCGCCCCAAGCCGGCGUCCGGCCCCAAGCCGGCUCCGGCCAGCUGCCCUUCUCCCGGGCCUCCCCUGUACCUGGAUGACGACGGGCUGCCCUUCCCCCCGGAUGUGGUCCAGCAGAGGUUACGGCAGAUCGAGGCGGGCUACAAGCAGGAGGUGGAGCUCCUCCGCCGCCAGGUGCGGGAGCUCCAGAUGAGGCUGGACAUCCGCCACCGCUGCGCGCCCCCGGCCGAGCCUCCCGUGGACUACGAGGACGACUUUACGUGCUUGAAGGAGUCGGAUGGCAGCGACGCCGAGGAUUUUGGCUCCGAUCCCAGCGAGGACGGCCUUUCAGAAGCCAGCUGGGAGCCUGUUGAUAAGAAGGAAACCGAGGUGACACGCUGGGUCCCAGACCACAUGGCGUCCCACUGCUACAACUGCGACUGUGAGUUCUGGCUGGCCAAACGGAGACACCACUGCAGAAACUGCGGGAACGUGUUCUGCGCCGGCUGCUGCCACCUGAAGCUGCCCAUUCCCGACCAACAGCUCUACGACCCCGUCCUCGUCUGUAACGCCUGUUAUGAACACAUCCAGGUGUCUCGCGCCAGGGAGCUCAUGAACCAACACCUGAAGAAGCCCAUCGCCACAGCUUCCAGCUGAACGCCAGAGGGGCGACCUGUCCAGCUGCAGGAGGUUCGGAGGAUCUGCUUCAGGUGUAGUUUUGCAGGUCUCUCGGUGUGGCCCACCAACACCGGAGCUCGAAGGCGCCAUCUCGAGAAAUCCUCCCUGGCACCGUCUCCGCCCGGAGCAGAGGAAUUCCAACUCGGCAGGCCGCUACUCCGCCCGAGAGGCCCUCGCCUUGGGAGCGGUCCCGGCCCAGACCUCCGGUUCUAGGGAUUUGGGGGGAAGUAGGCGACUCCGGUUUCUUUGGCUCGGGAGUUGGAAGAUGACGACGACGACGACGAUGAUUUCUCAGCUACUGCCUGGCUCCAAGUACACCAAACAGCAAUAGGAAGGCGUGCGGGUCACCGACUCCCAACGACCACCCGGCCCAAACCCUCCCCUCCCCUCCGAGAGAGCAGGUUGUAAGUACCCAAGGGAGGAGUUCCUGGCCUAUCUGAGGCCAACUCCGGCCUAUACCUCUGUGCUCUGUUGUCUGUGCAUGAAGAUUUCAGCCCGUAGAGGCCUUCCCUGUUAGCUGCAUUAGUUCUGUCUCCCUGUGGAGUCUGGUUUGAAGCCGGGACGAGCGAGCGGAGGGCCCCGGGUGCUUUCUCCUCUCGGCUCAUCGGCCAGCGCAGCGGUGACCCCUCAGCGUGGGAAUCUUAUUCUGGGGGAGCGGAGCGGACCUCCGCCGCCAACAGUCCCCCCGGGAAGAACCAACUGUUUGAGCUGGCCAGCUGUCGGGGCGAAGGGGGUGGGGGUGAGCUGUCAGGGCCGCGCGAGGGGGAAGAAGCAAGCUCCAGGUUCAUGACCUUGUGGUUGGCUCCGUGCUCUCCCUGGCCAGACUUUUGCCAGUCAUCCUGGUGCUAAACACAGGAAUACCGGCCCACCCCGAUCCUCUCCCGGCAUGAACGCAGAACGGGGUCCCUCUCCUCCGUCGCCCUUUCCUUGGCCACCGCCUCCUCCGGGACGCACCGCUCUUUAUCCUGAACACUUGACACCUCGAGGGGAGGAUUUGGGGGUUUGGUUUUUACCUCCCGGAAUGUGCUGUUUUGGUAUGUGAGGGUUUCAGUAUAAAUGCUGCUGUCUCUUUCUGUGCACUUAACAAUGGAACCCAGACUAAGGAAGACAAAGCAAAGAUACCAAAAGUGGGAGAAAUGCAGGUCCCUCGGGACUGUACAUUCCCAAAUGAUAAAUAUAGCCAUGUCCUGUGGUCUCUGCGUUUUGUGGGAUAGAUACCGUCUCCUUGGCCCGGAGGAAAGCCCCAGCCAAAAACCCCACUUGGAUUUUACUUCAUUUUCGCUCAGAUCCCGCAGCCGGUGUAGAACGGUAUGCCACAGCCGAGGCGGUCUUGUUCUGGAAACUGUGGCAACCGCCCUUCUGACCGCUACUUCCAUGUUGCUUCCAGGCAUUCAAUACCGUCAUUUAAAUAGGUUUUUGUUUUUUUUAUUUUUAAAACAACUAACUAGGAUCUGCAUUUAGGAAGAGCAUGUUGGCGAGCAAAGUUCUAACCUGGUCUUGCACUCUACAGUGCAGUAUCCUUGAUUCUUCUUCCAAACUGGCCUCCACAUGCUGAUGGAUGUGAAGAAGGAAACGGGGGCACAUUUAGGGUAAGGUGGCAGAGCGCUUUUGACGCAAGGGUGGGGUUGAGCGGCAAUGGAGACGUCACGGGAAAGGAAACCCCCGAGACCCUAGAAGUAGGAAACUAUCGACUCCUCGCCCUGCAUGUACCGAUACGUAAAACUCUCCGAAGCACGCUCCGAUCCGUUAAAUUUGCUUCCAGUCGUCGAGUGGCUUUUUCAAUUGUUUAACAAAUCUGUUUUCCAUCACAACCUCACUCUGCAUGCCCACAGCCCCCUGACCCCUUUCAGGGGUUCGGUAGCUCAGUCGUUUUGAAAGGGAAAGCUGCGGCAACGAUCUAGGAGAAGAGGAGACUGUAUCUGUCUACUUUGGGUGGCUGGCGCCUUGACGGACCGUUCCAUACACUAAGCGAACUGCACGGAAUUAAAGAGAGGGGCUCUCUGUGCCCCCGGUUCAGAUACGCUCAUCAAAAUCCUUUCAGAGCUCUCGUGGGUGUGACAUGAUGUGGCCAAAAAAAAAAAAAAAUUCCAAACUGUUCAAUCGCGUGGUGACAGACAAUAAACGUGCUGUAAAAACUCAAUACAGUUUAAAUAAAAUCUCUAUAUUAGUGCUG